AUGAAAUUAAUCCUUCUACUCCUUUCAAUCUUACUAGUCCAAUCCUUGGUUUUUGGACAAGACUAUCUCAUUCAAACUUUUGCAGGUGGUUUGGGUGAUUCUCUCCCUGCUAAGGAAUCAUCCUUAAAUUGGCCAUUCGAUGUAUCAACUGGACCAAUCAAGGGAGAAUACUUCAUUUCUGACACUUAUAACCAUAGAGUUAGAAAAAUCCUUGCAAAUGGAACUAUGACUACAAUUGCUGGUACUGGCUUUGCUGGUUACAAUGGAGAUGGUAUUCUUUCCUCACAAGCUCACUUGUACUAUCCAUAUGAUGUGGCUGUAAAUGAUUUGGGUGAGGUUUAUAUUGCUGAUACGUAUAAUCAUAGAAUUAGAAAGAUAUUAUUGAAUGGUACCAUUAUUACUGUGGCUGGUGUUGGAAGUGCUGGUUAUUCUGGUGAUUAUUCUACUGCCAUGCAAGCCAAAUUGAAUUAUCCUCAUGGUAUCUAUGUAAAAAAGGUUUUUUCAAAUGGAACAAUCAUUACUAUUGCAGGUAAUGGAGAAGGAGAUGCAGAUGGAUAUGGUAAAUAUAAUGGUGAUAACAUGUUGGCAACGUUAUCUAGUUUGAAUCUUCCAACAACUGUUGCUUUGAAUAGUUUAAAUGAGGUCUUCAUUGCUGAUAGUCAAAAUCAUCGUAUCAGAAAGGUUUCAAAUAGUGGUAUUAUUUCAACUGUUGCUGGAACAGGUGUGAGUGGUUAUUCUGGUGAUGGAAUUCCAGCUAAUACUACCAAAUUAAAUACUCCCAAUGGUAUCACUAUCGACUCGAAUGAUAAUAUCAUUAUUGCAGAUAGAAAUAAUCAUCGAAUUAGACUCAUUUCCAAUAGUAGUGGAAUCAUUUCAACACUUGCUGGUAAUGGUACUACUGGUUCUCGAGAUGAGGAAGUUCUAGCAACCUCUGCCAAACUCAGUCGCCCAGCCGAUGUAACCAUCGGUUAUGAUGGAGAGCUGAUCAUUACGGACACUGAUAAUUUUGUAAUUAGAAUUGUCAAACUCAAUGGAAUGAUUUCAACAAUUGCAGGAACUGGCUUUGAACGUUUCAAUGGUGAUAGAGCUACAUCCCUCUCUACAUUAAUUAAUCAUCCAUCCUCUAUGGCCUUCAAGGAUGGUGAAUUAAUCUUCUGUGAUCGUUCCAAUCAUCGCGUGAGAAGAAUUUCAAAAGAUGGUUCUGUAAAGACAAUUGCUGGUAAUGGAAUUGGUGGAUACAAUGGAGAUGGAAUGUUGGCAAUAGACGCUCAAUUGAAUUAUCCUCAUGGUGUUGCUAGUGAUUCUAUUGGAAAUAUUUACAUAUCAGAUUCAUACAAUCAUAGAGUGAGAAUUGUAUUCACAAAUGGCACUAUUUCAACUAUAGCUGGAAAUGGUAAUUCUGGUUUUAAUAAGGAUGGAAUUCAAGCCACUUCUUCUCAAUUGAAUUAUCCAUUCGGUAUUGCAUUGAAUGGAAAUGAUGAACUUUUCAUCUCUGAUCGUUCCAAUCAUCGUGUUAGAAAGGUUUCCAAUAAUGGUAUUAUUUCAACCAUUGCUGGAACUGGAUCCGCUGGAUAUAAUGGCGAUGUCAUUAUGGCAACAGAGGCAAAACUCUAUCUUCCUCAUGGCGUUUCAGUUGAUAAUAAGGGAAAUGUGUACAUUGCUGACAAGCAGAAUCAUAGAAUUCGUAAAAUAUUAGCAAGUACUGGAAUGAUUUCCACCAUUGCAGGAACAGGACAGGCAGGUUUCAAUGAUGACAACAUGUCAGCUCUCGAAUCCAGAGUAAACUCUCCAUAUGAUGUCACAGUUGAUGAAAGUGGGCAAGUGAUUUAUAUUGCUGACACUAAUAACCACAAAAUUAGAAGAAUUCAAAAUGGAAAUUUGACUACCAUUGCUGGAAAUGGAAUUGGAGGAUAUAAUCAAGAUGGCAUUCUUUCCACACAAUCUCAAUUAUACUAUCCAUAUGAUGUUUCAAUUGAUCCUGUGAGUGGAAAGAUUUUCAUUGGGGAUGCAUCCAAUUUUCGUAUCAGAGUUUUGGAAAAGAUUGAAACUCCUGUUUCUUCAUCCCUUCCUAAACCUAUUGGAUCCAAAUCAUCAAAUAAUCCUCAACCAAGUAAUAGAAAUUCAAGUGCUUCUUCUUCAAUUGGUGGAUCUAUCAUCGGUUCAAUUAUUGUAAUAAUUAUUUGUACUGUAGUUUAA